AGUCACCAUUGAAAAAAAAAAAAGAAAAUGGAUCCGAAUUCAAUGAUUCCAGCGACCAGUGGUAAUAAACUAGACGACAGUGUGGAGAUGGAGAAUUCAUUUGUGUGUCGAAACGAUGCCAAAGCCCAAGACGUCUGCGGCAGGAUGGGCCCUGGGUGUGGCCACAAACUGGAGCCUGCCAAACGUCUGCUGAUUUCUCACCCCGACGCCGCGGAAGCUUCUAGACCAGACUGCUACACGCUGGGUCUAAAGGGUUAUGGCCGACCCCACCAACAUCCCCUGUACCAGACAUCCAAUGCUGUCUACGGGCGUCUGGCCGCACCCCCGGGCCUGAACAAGAAACGGUUCCCCCGCAACACCAAGUUCACCACGGACAUAUGGAAGUGUGGCAUCUACGAGGACAUGCACAUGUGCACGGAGGUGGAGUCUGAUGCUCUCUACGUCCCGAGGUCAUAGGUCAUCGGUCGACAGGUCAUUGUGUGACCAAUGUACGUCCCUUAGUCAUAGGUCAUCAUUUCAUAAUAGGACCCGUUCAGGUCUCUGUUACAGGUCAUUGGUUCAUCGUAAGACGUACUUCGGUCAUAGGUCAUUGAUCGAUAGGUCAUUGUGAGACCAAUGUUCGUCACUUAGUCAUAGGUCAUCAUUUCAUAGUAGGACUUCUCCAGGUCUUUGUCACAGGUCAUAGUCAUAGGUUUAUUGUUAGACCCCUCUACGUCACUCGGUCAUCGGGCAAUAGGUCAUUAGUCAUUGUGAGACAAACGUACGUCCCUUAAUCAUAGGUCAUCAUUUCAUCGUAGGAUUCCCCUAGGUCUCUAAUAGAAGUCAAUCGUUCCUCGUAAGACGUCCCUCAGUUAUAGGUAAUAGGCUUAUUGGAAGACCCCUCAUCGACCCUUGGUCAUAGGUUCAUAGGUUAUAGUUUAAUUUUCAGACCCCUGUAAGACCCUUAGUCAUACGUCAUGUCAUAGACACAUUGGAAGACUCAUAUAUGUCCCUCAGUCAUAGGUCAUAAAGUCACUGUAAGAUCCCCCCCCCCCCCCCACCAACUCACGCCCCUCGAUAAUAUGAUAUCAGCUCACUGUAAGACCCUAGUGUGUUCCUCGGUCAAAGGUCAUAGGUCAAAAGCCCAGUAUCCCACACAACCCAAACGUUGAAUUUCGUAUGAUGUCUAUGUGGGGACAAAAAAAAGCAAGAAAAAAACUCUAAUAUACUACGACAUUUUUAAUAAUAUAAUUAUAAAUC